ACUAUUCAUUAAUCGUUCAAUAUAUGACGUCUAAGUAAUGUCAACAAAUAUGCACACGUAAUUCUUUUUUAACUGGAACGCAAGGUCAUUUAAAUGGAAGCUUCCUGUGAACUUUCUGUCAUAAAAUUUGAAUGGGGGUUGACUUUUUACACGGUCUGAGUAACUCUUAUGAUCUUAUAUUGUUAAAAAAAAAGACUAAAAUAAUUUUGUAACAUUUUCUUUUCGAGCGAUCAAUAUGUGUGAUUUUCUGAAUAUGGAUUCUUAAACUAGUGCAAAUCAUAAUGGAAUCAAAUGUGUUAAAAAUUCUGGAACAGAGCUGAGACGAGUGCGGCUGUUCAUUUGACGCCGAUUUGUGACAAUCAUUGAAAUAUUUUAUCUUCGGAACCAAAAGACAGAUAAGGCCAAGGUGUAUGAGAAAUGGGGAAUGGGGCUUCUGCAGAUGAAAGUCCUAAUGCCAUCCGAGUCCAAGCCACCCCCACCCCCAGGGACAAUAGAAACCAGAAUGGUGGGCCCCCAGAGCGAUCACGACGUAAAGGUGGCGGCUUUCAGGAGGUAGAGAUCCAACCCUCAAGUCAGAAUAACACACCGCGACAGGGUGGAAGGUCUCAAAACUCGGUCAAGCAAGGACAAAGCUCAGAGGGGCGGAACCAACGUCAGAACCAGCCCGGGGGUAGUACUCAGAGGCAGGGGCAAAAUCCUGGAGGUAGCACGCCCCGACAGCAGACAAACCAAAGAGGGUCCUCCCAGCCCUCCGCACAGGAAGAGACGAGUCGUGAAGAUUUAAUCUUUGAGACGUUUUACCACAAGAGUGGAAAGGAGUUCCAAUGUAUGUACCUGGAUGGAAUGAGAUUUUACCUCGACGACUGGGGAUCAAAGGAGUGGCAGCCCUUUCCAAAGCGAUGGUACAAUGAGGGUCUGCUUAUCACCAACUCCGUGGUCAAAGACCAAGAGAAUGAAAACCGGCGGCGUCAGCAACAACAGCAACAAUCGUCGUCUGGAGCUGGAGCAUCAGGAAGCCGCCCUCAGCAACCUGGAUAUCAGCAACAAUCAGGCUCCGGGCAGGACGACAGAGAGGGGGUGAUUAACCACCCCAAGCGUGGUCGUAUCCCCACCUACAUAUUCCAGAGGAAACACAAUAUCCACUGUUUCUAUGACCGUGACCAGGGUCAGUGGAUGAGACUUCCCAUUGGUUGGGAACUUCACCAUGAUAUGGUGGGCAAGCUCGUGGACCAGGUAGAGGAGGCCCUCCCAGCAUGGGGGGACAGGCAGGACAUCCUUGCCCUCCUCAGGCAGUGUAACUAUGACCCAGAUGAAUGCAUGUCUACGUACCUGUAUCUGGAAGGGGAUCCAUGGUUAAAAGCCCCCAAAACCCACAAGGAAGCAAAAGCAGUGGAAGAAAAAGACGAGUCAAUCGAAAAACUCAGGAUGCAGCUAAAGGAGGCGGAGGAGACUUUAAAACAAGAAAGAAUUGCACGAGUAGAGGCAGAAAAACUGGUUAAAGAGCAGGAGGAAAAGAUCACAGACUUAGAAGUAGAAAAUAAGCAACAGGAGGCGCAAAUGAUGAGCCUACAACAAAACCGUCCCAAGACGUCUAUGCAACGCCCCAAAACACCACAGGUGGUGACUGAGGUUGUAAAGGAGGAGACAGUAAAUCCUGAGGACAUUGUGUUACUUAACAACACUGCCAAGGAGCUCCGAAAGUCACAGGUUCACCUGAAAAUGGAGGUCCAACGCUACUUUGAUGUCCUAAGGGGCCAGAUUGCCAAGGCGAAAGAUGGCGUGAAGAACAUCAAGUCGAGCAGCAGUGGCAGUCAGGAGGAGAUGGAGGAAGUCCGGGCUCUGUACAGAAAGGAGGCCAUGCAGAGAAAGCUUUUGUAUAACCAGUUACAAGAACUUCGGGGUAACAUUCGCGUGUUCUGUCGUGCCAGGAAAGACGACCGUGCAGGAUGCUGUCUGAAAUUCCCCACAGACUCGGACAUUGUCACUAUUGACAACAAUCAGCAGAAAAAAAUGUUCUCUUUUGACAAGGUGUAUGAUCCCAACUCUACACAGGAACAGAUCUUUGAAGACACGAAGGGGAUCAUCACUUCCUGUGUGGACGGCUAUAACGUCUGUCUAAUGGCGUACGGACAAACAGGAUCGGGUAAAACUUUCACCAUGAUGGGGCCCGAAAACAACCCCGGAAUAAACAUUAGAGCUAUGAAGGAGUUGUUUGAUGUUUGUAAAGAGAGGACGGAUACAGUUACCUACACAUUAAAGGUCUCCCUGAUUGAGAUCUACAACGAGACAUUACAGGACCUACUGACAUCGGACGCUAAGUCUCUGGAACUGAGAACAGCCGGAAAUAAGGUGUCCAUCCCACAUCUUAAGGAAGUGGUCAUUCGGAAUCUGGAUGAUAUCAAGAAAACUAUGGCCCAGGGUGAUAAAAACAGGACUGUGGCUUCAACGAAGAUGAACUCAACCAGCUCUCGCUCUCAUUUGCUUCUGAUGCUGAUUGUUGAAGGUCAGGACAAGGUCACUGGUUCAGUAACCAAGGGAACGCUGACACUGUGUGAUUUAGCUGGGUCAGAGCGAAUCUCGAAGACGGAGGCUGAGGGUCAGAGGUUGGUGGAGGCGGCAGCCAUCAACAAAUCACUCUCAGCUCUUGGACAGGUGUUCACUGCGCUCAGGACAAGUCAAUUACACGUUCCAUACAGAAACUCCAAGCUGACCCAGAUUCUGCAGCCUUCACUGGGCGGGGACGCCAAGGCUUGUUUGUUUGUUAAUGUCAGUCCUGAUGUGAACAACGUCUCAGAAACAGUGAGCACACUGAACUUUGGAUCCAAUGCCAAGCAGAUAGCACUGGGGCAGGCUAAACAGAACAUUAGGAAGGGGCCGUAGUGAGAACACCAGUGGUUGUAGGGGGAUUUCUGAAGAUCAUCAUCGUUUACAACACAAAAGCUUCACCGUCCUGUUCGGCAGUCUAGCACCAUCAUUCACAGGAAUCAUAACACUUGUUGUUAUUUCACCCAACGUGAAGGAUGAGUUGAGCUUUUGUGGUUGAAGUUUGUCCAUAGAUCUACUUUUUCAUGAAAUUUCAUGAUUUCAUGCUAUUAAAAACAACCCUCAACUUAGCACUUAGCAAGUGUCACCCACCCAUCAAGGCAAGGAUGAAAAGUGCAAACACUACAUAUAUUCAUAUUGUGUAUACCGAUUAUUAUUUAUACACAGGGAAUAUUUUAAUGGUUCUAAUCAUUGUUAUCAAGUUGCUCCACUUUGGGAUUACAACAGGGAUGCAAAAUUUGAAUAGGGGUAGACAAAGUGCUCUUCUUCAAGAACAAAUUUAGAAGUCAUGAAAUUUAGCAUCCUUGUGUAGUAUCAGUUUUUGCUGGUUUCUUCUCAACAUGGUUUCUAGUGGACAGAACUUUAUGUAUACCUACCAUUGUUGUCCACAUGGAGAACAUCUUUAGAAACCAUGUCAAGGUGAAUCUGGUGUCCUGAUGUAGUACCUAGGUGUCUUGUGACAGCCUAUUGGCUGAUGUCUCACUGUAAGGUUGCAAAGAUGAAAGAUCAAGUCUAACGCGGGCAAUUGUUGUAGCCCAUAGGCUAAUAAUAGUAUUAUGAUGCUGAAUGAAUUGUUAUAUUUAGUGUUUAAAUGAAUGAUCCCCAUAGAUUAGAAAAGCUCAACUGGAACCUUUUUGUAAACAAGUAUAUUGUAUGAUAUUCGUAAAAAGCAACAAGGGAAAUUUAUUUUAAGAUUUUGAUUCAGAUCUGUGUUGACAACGCAUUAAAAGGUUUUAAAGGGCCGGCCUGUUAAAGAGAUUACAUAUAUAUAUAUUUUAAUGAUACAGAUGAACAUAUUCGCUCAACAAUCAUCUCCAGAAGAUGUGAUGUGUGUCUCCUUUGUUUUAAAUGUAUAUAUUAUUUGCAAACACAUUCUACAGAAAACAAUCUGUGUCUAAUAUAUGACAUGCUUGGAAUAAGAUUAAGAAAACAAGACCUAUUUUAAUUCUUUGGAAUGCAUUAAAAUCCUAUAUUUUUCCAUAUUACAUUAAUUUAUUAUGGAUUUUGUUAGCAAUAUCAUUACUAAACUUACAGAGGCAUUAUUGAUGUAUAAGAGUUCUUUUUUGUAGUUUUUGAUUUUAUUGAAAUUUAUUGGUGAAUAUUUCUGUGUUGAAUGUCAGGGAUUUUCGUUAAGAAAUUGUUACUAACUUUAAGAUUUGUGUGAAUUUUUGAAGAAAAAAUACGUAUUGCUGUUUGCCUUCAUUCCUCAGUAUUUUGUUGUUUGUAACGGAAUGAGCUACUUACUGAGACAAUAUCUGAAGAAGCCGAGCAAUCCAUAGAACAAAAGUCCUGUCAACUGAACAUGAGAGGUUUAGUUUUUGGGAAAACUUUACAAAACUUAAUGAUAUACCUCUGUACAUUUAUUUUUGUAAUAAUGAAAGCCUGCAUCCUGUUGCCUUAGUUACAGGGUCUUUCACAAUCAACAAAGAUGCUGCAUCUACAUGUACCUUCAUGCAUGCAGUAUUACUGAUAGAUGAAUCGGAUUCAGAAAUCCAAUUGAAAUAUUGAUAAUUUCCGUUCUUGCCUGUACACAUGUAUUUCAAAUUAUUGCUCAAUUUUUAAAACAGUUCCAGAACUGUUAGCCAUUGUGUAAGAGAGAAACUUGAGAUACACAUUUAAUACUGCAAAUAAAGAAAAAUUGGUACAAUAUAAAUUUUAGCACUUUAGGUGUAUUUUGCAAUGCUUCAGUAAAUUCAAAUUCUACAUUCCCCUUUUAAUUUUAUUUUGGAUAGUUCUAAAUAAUUUCUGAGUGAUUGAGAAAUUACUUAAUGGACAUCAUGACAGUUUGUUUUCUGCCAGUGUUUCAGCACUUGCUUUCGCACUACAUAAUGUACCGGUAUGUGUACCAAAUUUUCUGGUUUUACAGUAUCAGUCUUGGGAUUCUAUGUCAUAGAGGGUAUGAAGUCAUUCUGAGAUCAUUUAAUAGAUCGUCAUGCUGGUCGUGAUAGAUAUCACCAGAAACAUACCCAGACUUCAAUGCAGUAUUAGUACGUACAUGUACCGACAUGUACUGUAUCAAUCAGUACUGACAAAGUCAUUACUGUGAACUGAUUCUAUCGUACAAUAUUUGAUGGAUACUAAGCUUAUAAUCUUUACACUGACUAUGUCAGUCAGUAUAGACAUCACCACCUAAGCUCUAACAGCCUUACAGGGCUUAUUCUCAUGGGUUUUUUAUUAUUAUAACAUGUGUAAUCGUCCAGUUUCUGUGAUAACCGUUUUUAUUUUUUGACAACCCUUUUUUUCAAUAUUCCGUCCUACGUAUUGUGAUGUACUAAUGUGACUUUGCCUGUACGUGAUUAUAUAAGUACCGAAGUCUUGUAACCAAGAAACAGAGUACUCAUUGUGAUAACAAGAACCGGCCCAGGGUAGUCGUGCGUACUGUUGUUUUUAACCUAGAAACACAUCAACUAUCCCCCCCCCAUCUUUUACAAGAGUCUUCACCCCUGUACAUCCUCAAUAUGUUACGUAACCGAUAACAGCGUCGGAGGAAAGCAUGAAAUUUGUAAUUGUCAAUUUUAUACAGAUUUUCUUCAUUGAAUGAAAUGGUAAAUUAUGACACAUGUGAAUUUUUUUUUAUUUCUUGAGGUUUUUAGUUAUAGCUUAAGAACUAAUUGCCAAUGACAAUUUGUACCUCAGCCUUGGUACAAUAGAGGCAAAACACAAGUUGAUGGUUGAUAUCAAUAACUGAGACCGGAACUAGGUAUUGUGUGUCCAUCUAGUAAAGUGUAUACUUUUGGUGUUUAUGUUUUGAAUAUGUAUUUGUCUUUGUCUUUCAGUUCUAUUGAAUUUAUUUAUUGUUCCGAAGAAAAAAGUGCUAAGAUUUUGCAAUGGUUAUUAUUGUCAAUACUAGAAAAAUUGAUUUUCAAAACUUACACAGUCAGUUUGAUUGUUUUCGAUUGGUGAUUCGCAGACAAUACUUUUAUCAUGCUGAUACUGUACAGGGAUUACGAUCAUGUUCGCAAUCGUUAUUUUGUUUUUUAACCGCUAUUUAUUUAAUAUUUAUGUUUGUAUAUGUAGUGUAGUAUCACAUGUAUACCAGUAAUGACCCACAUUAACAUUAUAAAACAGUUAUAAUUAUCAAAUAUAGGAGCCGGUAGUAUCAAUCCUGUAUUAUGAAUAAACAAUUAUUGGACUUUCAUUGGACAUAAUAAACAUGUAUUAUGUGUGGUUUGCUCUCUGGUAUACCCAACAAGCAACAAUGAAAACAUAGUACAUCAUCUCUAGAUAAAACUGCUUUGAGUCUUCAAGUGAUCAUUAUAAAAGGAUGUUUUGCAACUAAAUUUCUUUAAGGAUGAACAUAAAAUUCCUUUCUGCGGUAGAUCUUUUACUCAAGUUUUGCCUACUAUGAGUAAAAUGAAUAACAUUUUAUUUUAGUAUUAAGAUUUUCACAUGGAACAUGUCGAAAGUUGGUAAAAUUCAGUUUCAGUUUACUAUGAGGUUUUGACUCAAAUCUUAGAUAUUCCAAAAUAAAUAUUUCUAUUACAUUUCAGUAAACUUUUAAAAGUCUAUUUUGUAUUGAAAUCAAGGGAAAAAUAACUUGCUACUGACUGAAACAUUUGCUGUAGGGACAUUCUAAUGCUAUAUUAUACACUAAAUAGCAGACAUAGAAACCACCUGAAUAUCAGUUUGCAUGUUGUUGACUGGUAUUUUGUGCUGACAAAAUUUAUGUGUAUGAUAAAGUACACCUAUUUUUAUUUUCAUAUCAUAAUUUAAAAAAAAAAAAAAAAAGAUUUCAUAGUUCAAAUUGCUGUUUAAUAGAUCUGAGAAUGAAUGAUUUUUAUUUCCCCACCAUAGUGAUUAUGGCAUUAUAUCAUGUUCUUUAACCAUCUUGUAAAAUAUAUUCAGAAUUCUUGGUCUCUAAAUACUAACCUGCUGCUAUUUCAGUUUUCUUUGUCUACAAAAUGAAGAAGAAUCAGUUAAGAUGCAUUAUGUGUAACACAGAUUGUCCUAUAGAAAACAGGGACACGGGAAAUAGUCUAUUUUUUUUUUUUUUACCUGGCUUCCAGAUCAUACAACCAAGAAUAGCCUUCAGUCAACAUUUUGAUUACUUUCAUGUUAAGAUUUAUCUAGCCCAGAUCUUUAGAAAAAAAACUGCUGAUUUAUAUUAAAAAGAAUUAACUGCUAAAUAUUUUAUUUGUUUAUGAAAAUUAUAAUUUCAAAGGUUUAGUGAAAUUCGAAAUUUAGACUCAAUCUAUUCUCAGUUUGCCUGGUCUGGUGAUUGAUGCCUCGAUUCCUGUAAAUUAUAUUACAUACCUUAUAUAGCAGAUCGUGCAUUCAUUGACAGCAUGCUGAGCAUUAAAGUAACAUAUGGUAACGUUAUUCACAUAUAUCUGUUGAUAUUGUAUAUCUGUAAUUCGAUCAUUAGUGACACGAUCCCUGUACAGUGCAUAAUCAUUGUAUUAUUUAGUAUUCUGUCAGUAUCUCAAACCAUCAAAGGAGAAAACACGAUUUCUAAAAUGAUAACUAUUCUGAAAUUAUAGCUGUGAUCUGGAUUACUGUGAAGUUGUUUUGUUUCUCUGAUAUAAUUUGAACUGAUAUUCUGAUGUAUGAAAUCUCUUCAAUGUGAGACUGUGAUACCCCUCUUUAUUGAUUGGGUAGAUUGUAUUUUUGAUGCAAUAAAAUUUUUGAGUUUUGA